AUCAACGAGCCCGCCGCCGCGAGUCGUGUUUUUUUCCGCACAAACAAAAAAAAAUCCUUGGCUUCUCUUUUUUAAGUUCAGAAAAAAAUUGUUUUGUUCUUCACAAGUGACAAAAGCUCAGCAUCAUCGUCCUGUCCAAAUGGAGACCCGCUCAGCGAACGCAGGUUCCUCCGUGGUCGCCGCCACGGGACCAAACAUUUGCCGAAUCUGCCUAACCAACGGCGGAACCGGAAGACAAGGGCAAGUACACGGUCUGGAAUCGAUCUUCAGCACCGUGGUGGACUACGAGUGCAAAAGUUUGUACGGGAUCCUGCUGGAGGUUUGCGCCCCACUCGGUACCCGGGAGAUGCUCAACGGGAUGCCGGAACGGAUCUGCCGGGGUUGCAAGUGGCGCCUGCUGACGGCUUACGAGCUGUACGAGACCUGCCUGCGGAGUGACGAAAAGAUGCGCGAGGUUAGCGCACGCGAGAUCCAGCUCAAGCAGGCCAUGCAAGUGGAGAAAAAGGAAGAACAGCAGGUCGUCAUCAAGCAGGAACUGCCCGACGGGGACGAGCAGCCAAGUUUCCAGCACACAGAAACCGACACAACCAUGGAGGACUACAGCGACGCGUCCGCUCUGCUGCUCGAGAGUCAGUUCUACCCGGAUGCGGAAAGUUCGCUGGUCGCUCCUUCGCCGAACCUUCUGGAAGAAAUGGCCCCGGCCGUGGACCUCGAGGAAACGUUUUUCGCCGAACAUUACCAACCCGGCGAGAACGGGAACCACAAGUGUGGCAUUUGCGAGGCGGAAUUCCAGUACAAGAGUGCCGCCCGGACGCACAUUCUCCAGAAGCACGACCCGUCGAAACCGUUCAAGUGCGACGUGUGUUUCAUCUCGCUGACGACGGAACUGCGUCUGAUUCGCCACAAGGCCCUGGGGCACGGCGUCGGAGUGAUCAAAUGUGACCAGAGUGCGGAGGACAAGGACGAGUCGGGCGCCACAGUCUACACGUGCAAGAUCUGCUCGAAAACGUUCACCUCGAUGGUCCGCUUCAAGCGCCACAAGAACGUCCACGUCGCGUACAACAGGCCGUUCAAGUGCGACGUCUGUCUGUACCGGUUCUCAACCCGAUCACAGCUCCAACAACACGCCAAAACGCACCAGGAAAAGCCCGAAGGCACCGACCAACCCGACCAGGACCAGUGGCCGUGCGAGUUCUGCGAGGAAAAGCUGCCCAACAAACGUGCCCAGACGAUGCACGUUCGGCGGUUCCACCCGGAGCAAACCCUCGCCGUUGAAUCUCCCGCCGGAACCGCCACUUCCACCGGCAGCGACAAAAACGAGUACAAAUGCAUCAUCUGCUCGGAGGCGUUCGCCCGCGAAAGUGUCCUCAACACGCACAUGAAGAUGCACGAGCUGAUCGCGCUCGAAAAGGAAAAGGAACAACGGCAGCAACAGCUGGAAGCGAUGCUCGCCAAGCGGGAACAGCAGCAGCAGCAGAAUUCCGCGUUGGACUCGAGUACGACCGCGGUCGGCGCCAUCAGCUUCAACGAAAGUCUGACGACGAUGGCCGGUGGGAAGAAACGUAGCGACGCCGAUAUGCUGUUUGUGUGCAUCGUCUGCGAGCAGGAGUUUGAGGAGCGGGAUAUGCUGCUGAAGCACCAGAAAAGGCUGCACAAGGAGCUGGAGCUGAACAUUGUGUCGAGCGGGGCCGCGCAGGAACAGCAGGAUGGAGCGGCGGAGGAAGCCCCGGUAGACGACUUGGAAGACAGCGCACGUACCAAAGAUCCGGACCAAAACACGGACGAGUCGAUGGUGGUCGAUCUGGACCCGAUCGAGUUCCUUGCGACGGAAAACGGUCAAACGAAGCCGCGUGGCGGCGGUGGCGGUCCUCCGUCCCUGCCCAAAUGUGAACUCUGCGGCAAAACCUUCAUGUACAACUGCCUCCUGCAAACCCACAUCAAAAAGAGUCACAGCGAAUCGAAGCCGUUCGAGUGCAAAACGUGCCACAUGCGCUUCGGCUACCGAGGCACCCUCCAGAAGCACGAACUCUCCCACUCGGCGCAAAACGUCCGCGCCGGCGGUCACGGUUCCAUCAUGUACAAGUGCAAACUCUGCGGGGCCAAGUUCCUCGAGCAGAAACUGCUAACCUUCCACCUGAGGACCCACCGCAGCGCACCUCCCACUCCAACCCAAAAAGCGGACCCGGAACCACCCAUCACCAAAAAGGUGGAAAUCUUCGCGUGCGGCUUUUGUCCGCAAAUCUUCAACGCCAAGGACGAGUUCGAUCGGCACCUGGUCAAUGUCCACCGACAGACGCCGGCGCCACCCCCGUUGAAACCGGCUCCCGGAAUCAACCGGAACUCGCCAACGCCCGCGGCAGCGCGCAGGACUGCCGAACGGCGGACGCCCAUGAACGAGAAAGAAACGUUUUUCGACAGUUUGUCGAUCGUCAAGCUGGAACAUCCGUUGGGAACGGUUAAGCUAGAUUAGAAUGGUGAUAGUUUUGCUCCAAGUGGAAAACGAAGAGGGAAGCCAGACAAAGAGUGUUUCUGAAAGAAAUGUGUAGAACCUAAGUUGGUAAGAUUUGCAUUAUGUUUAGGAAACCUAAUAUGAACAUGUGUUACAUGUGUGACCCCUUAAACCCGAUUUUAUGACGCGAUGUGAUGUCAAGUUUGUGACAGAAUAAUUAA